CCCCUCGCAGUACCCAGUCGGGUCUGAGGUGCACGCGUGAGGAGAGCGGACUGCAGGCGCUUGACAUGGCGGCAGCGGCGGCGACUGCAGCGACCAAGGGGAAUGGGGGCGGCAGUGGACGAGCCGUGGCUGGCGACAGCAGCGGCGCGCGGAAGAAGAAGGGCCCCGGGCCUGUGGCCACGGCGUACCUGGUCAUCUACAAUGUGGUGAUGACGGCGGGGUGGCUGGUGAUAGCGGUUGGGCUGGUGAGAGCAUACCUGGCUAAGGGGAGCUACCAUAGUCUUUAUUAUUCAAUAGAAAAACCUUUGAAGUUCUUCCAGACGGGAGCCUUACUGGAGAUUUUACAUUGUGCUAUAGGGAUUGUGCCAUCUUCUGUUGUCCUGACUUCUUUCCAGGUGAUGUCAAGAGUUUUCCUAAUAUGGGCAGUGACCCAUAGUGUCAAAGAGGUGCAGAGUGAAGACAGUGUACUUCUGUUUGUCAUUGCCUGGACAAUCACGGAAAUUAUCCGUUACUCCUUUUACACAUUCAGUCUAUUAAACCAUUUGCCUUACAUCAUCAAGUGGGCCAGGUACACACUUUUCAUCGUGCUGUACCCAAUGGGAGUGACGGGAGAGCUCCUCACAAUAUACGCAGCUCUGCCCUAUGUCCGGCAGGCCGGCCUGUACUCCAUCAGCCUACCUAACAAAUACAACUUCUCCUUUGACUACCAUGCAUUCCUGAUUCUGGUCAUGAUCUCCUACAUUCCACUUUUCCCCCAGUUGUACUUCCACAUGAUACACCAGAGAAGAAAGGUCCUUUCUCACACCGAAGAACACAAGAAGUUUGAGUAGCUCUCCACACCACCCCAAACCAAACUUUUCAAUGAUCAAAAAAUGCUGCAGACUUUUUGAGUUCCUAGUAAGAACUAUUUUUAAAAUAUUAAAUACAAAAGAAAAUAAAAACCAAAAUCCAGUGUCACAUGGGCCUGGGAUUUUAUAAAAAAUAAAAGUAAAAAGAUUAAAAAUGCAAAA